AUAGUGUCCGGCCUCAUCAAUCAUACAAAUAAGCAAAACAAAGUGAAAAGCAUGGUUAUGGAUCAACACAAAAUAUGGGUCGUUCUGGCGGUGUUGUCACUCGCGAUUUCCGUUGCGGACUUAUCAUCCGCAACGAAAUUCCCGGUGGUCGAUUUGGUCAAUCGAUUCGACGAAAAUAAUGUAACUUUGUUAUGCAAGGCUUUCGAACACACCAUACUGUCAGGCCAGAAAUUUUCAUUCGAAGCCAAGGAGAAAAACGACCCUGAUGCCUAUGGUUGCGGCUGCUAUGACAGUCACGAAGGCAAACUGGUGAUCGAUGCAUAUGAUCUUAAAAGAGAUGAACAGAAUCAACUCAUCCAUUGGAAGUUUACCAGCAUUGGAGCCUAUCUUAGUUAUGAUAACAUUCACUGGAAAUUAGAAGCAGAGUGGGAAUCUGAUUAAUUAAUGGCUUUUAUCUUCAUUUUUUGUUGUUGUUUCUGAUAUCAAUCAACAUCUAUAUAUAUAUUAAACCACUUAAGUCUGGUUCCCGCUCAAGACUGGGGACAUUUAGGUAAAUACAGCUACACUUUCUAUUCUACCAGAUUACACCGGCUUAUUCUUUCGAGUUUAGGGAAAUCAGGGCUCUAGCACAGACCUUCACUCACUAGAGUUCUCGCUGAAGUUGGACUCGGAGCUCUCUUAACAUCCCGCUCGUCUUCUCCUGCGCCGCCUAAGAACGUCACCAUCUUGGAUUGUUUGAUGGAAUCGGUUACUCCCUUCGUGCAAGCUCAGCAACUAUAUGAGGUAUUAAUCCUGAGAUUUCAUUCAUUCCAAUAAUAUGUAUUUGUGCUAAUUCCUGCAGCUUUUACUACUGACUUCAAUUGCUCUUUAUUUAUUGCAGGAAAACAGUAUGUUGCUUCAUUUUACUUUUCUGACAGUUCUCUAUGUUUAACUAUUACCGCUAAGUGCUUUUUUUCCAUAUGUUCUUUUAUAAUAUGCCUCCAAUAUAUCUCAGCAUGCCAUAUGUUUUUAUUGCUUCAAUUAUUUUAGUUUUUUGUCCAAUCAAAUUCACUACCUUUCCUGAAAAAACCAAACUUUAUGCUCCUUAAACUUAAGUUUAGCAUUAGGUUUAGUAGACUUUUGGAUUGAUUUCAGAAAUAAUGAUUAUUUUCUGUUUUUUUUUCCUAACUAAACUGACCUUUAUCAUAUCUAAACUACUUUUACUUACGGUUUUCAUUGCGUUGGUGGCUGAACCUUCAGAAUGUUCUACGUCACAAGGUACUUUAAAAUUUUACUUUUGAAAGUAUUUGUGUUAAAGUUUAAUUCCUAAUCUGGCAAGGGCUUAGGUAUGAUAAUACAUCUAAUAUUCACCAUAUCUUACGGUUCUAUUCAUUGUAUUUUAUAUUAGGAUCAACUAAUUCUCUAAUAGAUGCAACCUCUCCUUUCAAAGUCCUUUUGAAGAAUAUCAAUAUGCAUUUUGACAAUGUUUUGCUCCUCUUUAUAUAAUCCAUUUUUUUUCCUUUUGGACUUCAGGACUAGAAUAAAAUAAUGACGGAUAGAUGAAGCCAAAUACUCAAAUUAUAUUAUCUCAAUUUAAUGUGGACUCUAAUCUAAUCUAUUUUAUAGUUACAUCACGUUAGUGAAAUUUGCUGCUAUAGCAUAUUAGUUUUAUUUUUAUUUAAUAAUUUACAUAUAUUCUUUGAUUGCGGUGUCUAUGAUAAUUAAUUUCAUUGUUUGAGUUCCAUUCACUUUCGGUUGCUUCUUAAAGCUUCAAAUGAAAUGAGUAUGAUGGUUAUAUGAUACUACAAGCUUAGCUAUUUGUCUUUUAUGUUUUUCCCAAUAUAACCUACUGUGUUAACUAAAGUAUUAAGUAGUUGUUAAUGUACAAGGUUGAAAGAGUACGAUGUAGAAUUGGCAUGAAAGUCCCAAAAUGGAUUGAGGAGCAAUUCUGAUGUAGUUGGAAUAAUCAAAGUGUUGUCUGCGUGUCUCUACUUACUUGGAGCAUGAUCUUCACACUACAAAUACCGAGACCGUUUGUAACUAUAUACUUCAGACUAUUUAGAUGCUUCACACAAGAAAAUUGAGUUCGUUGCCUCUCACCUGAGGAUUUUUUUGCUAAUUGCUGCAUCUUUACCGUCUUCAAAAUCCAGAUGCAAAUGCCAACGUCUCAUGUUUAUUAUGUGCAUCUCCCAUCUUGGUUCACCGAGAGAGUGCUUUAGAAGGAAGAUGAGAAGUAGAACAAAAAACUGGGUUACUGAAAAGGUCAGUAUUUGAGUUGUGUGCAUUAUGUAGUUGGUCUCAGUUCUUAGUUUUUAAAAGUUAUAAUCUCUUGAUGAAAAGUUGCAGAAGAAAUUUGUCUGGUGAACAUGUUACCGGGGCAAAAAGCCAGAAGGCUUCUCUUGACCACUCUUAUGCAGCAGUUGUUUCACCCUCCACCAACAUCAAUUCCUUAAGCAUAUUUCAAAUUGGAGUUCCAGAAUGUGGCCUACAUGGUUUCUAGAAUGACAUUAGGAAUUGCAUGUGGACGGGUUUCUAGCUUUAUUGGGCAAAAUAACAAUAGGGCUAAGGCUAAUGCUGGUGACACAGGCCCAUGUUUUUUUGGAUUUAUGAGGAGUUGUUUAUAAAUCAUGUCUUGGUUGGGUUAUUUAUGUUUUUUAAUAAUAUUUUUUUGCAGGUCAUGCCAUGAUUGUGAAACAUGAAGGCAAUAGUAAUCAUCAUUUCUAAAAAAAUGUGUCAAAAAUGUGAAAGAAUGUGCAGUGAGAAAAAGGAAGUUAGAAGAUCAGUUGUUGAAGUAAUGAUCUACAAUUUUUCCCAUUUAUUGUGUGACUGGAAAUGAGACUAAUACUACACAUUUUUCUUUUUGUUUAUCAGAUGUUGCUACUGUAUAUUAUGCCCCAACUUUUUUCUCAUUGAUAUAACUUUUUGCUACUCCCGGUGUGGAGAGCUGUUAAAUUUGACAGUGGACAUCCAAGAUCUUGAUAAGUUCUCGAUGAUAAUCAAUCUGUUUGCAAAGUUCCACACUCGAGACCCACCCAAUGUCUCAUCUUCUCUUUAGAUCUUUUCCAACAUUUUAGGCUAAAGAUUAUAGAAGAAAGUGAAGACUAGAAUAUGACAAAAUGCAAUGUUGCUAUGAUUCUUCUUCUAUCUUCAUAUGUUAUCAUUUAUGUCAUGGCAAGAAGUGAAAAUAUGAUUCUUUUCUCUCUUGGUCCAUGGACCAUGGUUUUUUGGAGUUUUUGUAUUUUUUUUCCUAUUUUCGACAAGUGAUUUAUUUGAUAAAAUAUUUAUUAGGAAGAUAUUUGAGAAAAUAUAUGAAAAGUGAUUAAUGGUAAAAAUGGAAAGUGUUUGAAUACAAAAAUGAUUUCCAAAAUGUAAAUGUUGAAGUGUUGAAUGCAAAGUAGAAAUAGAAAUAGAAAAA